CCCGAGCAGCGAGACGGAGGACGGAGAGAGACUCCCAUCGUCCACAGAUAAAAGCAGGAAUAAAAGUACAUUAAUAAUCGCGGAAAAAUGGACAAGAGCGACCUGGUACAGAAGGCUAAGCUGGCGGAGCAGGCCGAGCGCUACGACGACAUGGCGGCGGCCAUGAAGGCGGUGACGGAGCAGGAACAGGAGCCCUCCCACGAGCUGUCCAACGAGGAGCGCAACCUGCUCUCCGUGGCCUACAAGAACGUGGUGGGCGCCCGCAGGUCCUCCUGGCGCGUCAUCUCCAGCAUCGAGCAGAAGACGGAGGGCAAUGAGAAGAAGCAGCAGAUGGCGCGCGAGUACCGCGAGAAGAUCGAGGCCGAGCUGCAGGACAUCUGCAACGACGUGCUGGGGCUUCUUGACAAGUACCUCAUUGCCAAUGCGAGUCAGGCAGAAAGCAAGGUCUUCUACCUGAAAAUGAAAGGAGACUAUUACAGAUAUCUGUCUGAAGUGGCAUCUGGAGAGUCCAAGAAGACCACAGUUGAGAACUCUCAGCAGGCCUACCAGGAGGCUUUUGAUAUCAGCAAGAAGGAGAUGCAGCCGACGCACCCGAUCAGACUGGGUCUGGCCCUCAACUUCUCCGUCUUCUACUAUGAAAUCCUCAACUCCCCUGAGCAGGCCUGCACCUUGGCAAAGACGGCCUUUGAUGAAGCAAUUGCUGAACUUGAUACCUUGAAUGAGGAUUCUUACAAAGACAGCACCCUGAUUAUGCAGCUACUAAGGGACAACCUCACCCUGUGGACAUCAGAAAACCAGGGCGAUGAGGGGGAUGCUGGCGAAGGGGAGAACUAAUGGCGUUGCACUUCACUGUUAAUCCACCCACACUCUUUAUCUUACACAUAUACAGCCCAUACAUCCCCGCUCCAUCAGGCUCCCUUCUGUAUGAUGAGCAGCAUGAAUUGUACCUGACCCACCAGUUGUGCCCUUCUCAGAUAACUCCGAGGUGACAGGGUAACGUUCAGUCGAUAGAAGGCUCAGUCUGUUGUUCGUGAUUUAACAUCUGGUUGAGUAGCGAAGCAGUUUUUCCCCCCCACUCCCUUUUUCUCUCUGAACCCCGUUUUUUAUUUCUUGUGUUUUGAACCCCCCCCCCUAAUUUUGCAGAAUUCACUUUAAUUCUAAUUAUUUCUUUCACCUGGCAGUUCAUGCAUUAUAGAAUCCAUUUUUUAAGUUGUCAUAGUCCUUUACUAGCGUACUGGCAUUUACAGGUUUUAUUCAAAGGUUCUGAAACUGGCAGUUUCUUUUCACCAAACACUGUGAUGCUUAUUUGUAUUUUCACCUCCUUUCUAUGUAUAUAGACAUAUACACAGAGAGAGGGUGAAAGGAUAUACAUACACACAGAAUAAAUCUGGUCUGUAAAGUUUGUAAAUUGGUACAGUACAAUUCUGCUGUGGGCUCAUACAGAAUGGUAUAGCAGGCUGUAUUGUGACACUGACUAACGUGCAUAUUGCUGUGUAAUGUUCACCAUUUUAUUUUACAUAUGGAAAAAAGUAAUAAAAAGGGACCCUAGGUUUUGCCAUUCCACAUUUGUCCAGUUUUAAAACAUUCCAUCAGAACAUAACGUUAAUAUUUAAAACAAAAAUGGACCUUUUUUGAACAAACUUGAGCAUUAUCCUAAUGUGCUGUCAAAGAACAGCUAACAUAAAGGUGCUGUUUGACAUCAGUACAAUGAACCUUGUUUGUUCUUAAAUGUUUUCUUUUCCCUUUGCAUAAUAGUAACUGUUUUCAGCAAAACAAAUUGUAAAUUGUAAACAUUUUUUAGAAGUAAAUAUAAAUCUGUCUUAAAAUGUAAUGUUGUGAACCUGCUUGCAGAGAAACACCUUAAAGCCGUUGCUUUUAAUUUUUCUAGGUCUGGGUUUUUCAAGCCUGCUCUGAAGGCCUUAUGCUGACAGUCCAAACUGACUAAUCAUUAAUUUCCAUUUCCUUAACUAAAUGAUAUCAAGUGAAAUGAAAACCUGUUUCAAUUACCUGUGUGAGCAAGUUUCCAAAUGUAAGAUCUGUAAUGAAAGGUUUGUGUUGAUGUCUGUGUUGGCCUCCAGAGGACGGUGUUAGUUUGGUACUAGUUAUGCAACUGAGGACUUGAGUCCGCUGCCCAGGUGACGGUCAUCUAGUUAGCGCUGUGGAAGGCUGGUCUCGUGAAAUGGUUGGAGUAGAUUAAGGACCUGGAAAUAAGUUUAAUUCACUCAGUGUCACAAUACCUUGCCAUCACCAUAACAUUCCACUUAGGUGUAGAAGUCAUCUGUCUCAGUCUGUCUUGCUGAAGACAAUGUUUCAUGCACUGAAGAGAAAUCUCCCCUUUAGCUGAACAAAUGGCAGUUAAUCUACGCUUGAUAAAAAUGCAGUAGUGAAUGUGGAACCGAGCCUGUCUGUAUAUCUGGUAUAUCUUCUUGCUUCGUUUUUACUGACCAGUAUUCUGCCUAAAGUUUGCUUCUGUGACGGUUUUAUCGCCUAGCGCGCACGUGGUUGUGAAAAUUUAGACUAGCUUAAAAAAAGAAAAAAACAACAAAAAAAUAAAUACCUGGUUAUUGACGUAAUACUAGAUUUGUGUAUGUCUUUUAAAACAGUUCUAGUUUCACCUUACAUGUAAUAAUCAGGAAAGUGUAAAAGACAAUUUAAAGUGAAAUAAAAGUUUUAUCAGUUCCGAA